AUGGCGCCCGCACAGCCCGAGCUGAAGAAGUAUCUCGAUAAGCGACUGUUUGUCCAACUCAAUGGCAGCCGUAAGGUCAUCGGUGUUCUCCGCGGCUACGAUGUCUUCCUGAACAUCGUUUUGGACGAGGCAGUCGAAGAGAAGGAAGGCGGCGAGAAGGUUCGGUUAGGCAUGGUUGUCAUCCGUGGCAACUCAGUCGUUAUGCUCGAGGCUCUCGAAAGAAUUGGCGGUGAUGACCGCAACCAUCAGCGGUAA